AUGGUUGUUAGCAGUUCUAUGAUACGUUUUACUCGAAAAAUGACCAAUAACUUUGGCCAGUUAAGAAGUAUAAAAACAAACUCAAAAAUGAGUCAGAAAAUCCAGAAUACUACAAUUUGGACUGAAAAGUUAGAAAUUUUGAAACCUGAACAAGUAAAGAAGAUUCCUAUGUAUAGAGUUAUGGAUGAGAAUGGAAAUAUAUAUGAUUCUGCCAAAGAUCCAAUGAUAGAAAAUGAAACGCUACGCUCUAUGUAUAAAUGUAUGAUACAGUUGAAUGUUAUGGAUAAGAUUUUAUACGAAUCUCAAAGGCAAGGGAGGAUUUCUUUUUAUAUGACUAGUUUUGGUGAAGAAGGAACUCAUCUUGGUUCCGCUGUUGCCUUAUCAGAAGAGGAUCUCAUUUAUACUCAGUAUCGAGAGACCGGAGUACUUUUAUGGAGAGGAGUGACUUUACAAGAAUGUAUUAACCAGUGUUAUGGGAAUAAUUUAGACAAAGCGAAAGGAAAACAAAUGCCAUGUCAUUACGGCAGUAAAGAUAAGAAUUUUGUUACCAUCUCAUCACCACUCGCAACACAAAUACCACAAGCUGUUGGUUCAGCGUAUGCUUUUAAACGAAAUAAGAGUAACAAGUGUUGUGUAGUUUACUUUGGAGAAGGUGCUGCCUCUGAAGGUGAUGCUCAUGCUGCUUUUAAUUUCGCAGCAACUUUGGAAGUUCCUCUCAUAUUAUUUUGUCGAAACAACGGUUAUGCGAUUUCAACACCAUCUGAGGAACAGUACCGUGGAGAUGCAAUAGCUGGACGUGCUUUAGGGUACGGAAUAUCUGUUAUCAGAGUUGAUGGCAAUGAUACUUUGGCUGUUUAUGAUGCUAUGAAACUAGCGAGGGAGAUUUCCAUUUCCAAAGAAUGUCCCAUCUUAAUCGAAGCGAUGACUUACAGGAUGGGACAUCAUAGUACUUCGGAUGACAGUUCGGCCUAUAGGAGCGUUGAAGAAGUUGAAAACUGGCAAAAGUUUAGCCCAAUGCUGAGGUUUAGAAAGUAUUUAGAAUCGAAGAAUCUUUGGAAUGAGGAUCAGGAAAAGCAAUGUGUUGAAGAAUCAAAAAAUAAUGUUCUAAAAGCAUUUGGGGAAGCUGAGAAAGUAAACAAACCUGAUUGGAGAGAAAUGUUUACAGAUGUCAACUGGUCAAUGCCUAAUAACCUCAUAAAACAGAGAGAGUAUCUUGCUAGUCAUCUAGAAAAAUACAAAGAACAUUAUCCUUUACAAAACUUCAAGCACUCAUAA